CUCUAAAACCCUUGCCACCUAUUUUGCUCUCUCUAAUGGAGACUUAAGGGUGGUUUUUCUCUUUCUCGAAUGAAUAGCUAGGGUUUCUCUAUGUGCAAGGUAGGCGAGUUGAGAUUCUUGCGGUUGUCAUGGGAGGAUCUAGAGCUCAAGUCAACAAGGCCCACAAGUCCCGCUUCUCCUCCAAGUCUUCUCGGAACCUUCACAAAACCUCUUCCCAAGAUAAGAGCAGGAUUGCAAAAUCAGAGCGAAAUGUUACCAAGGGAGCUAGGGCUAGUCGACUUCAACAUAAUAAAAUGGUACGAGAGCAGAAGCGGGCUGCCCUCUUGAAAGAGAAAAGCGCAACGAGUGGUAACACUAGCCCUCCCCGCGUUAUUGUCCUUUUUGGGCUCUCUGCAUCUGUCAAUGUAGAUUCUCUUGCUGGGGAUCUUCUGUCAUUAUUAUCUCAAGAAGGUGCUGGAGCUGCAUCAUCAACAGUUGUUUCUUCUGAGUAUAAGCUGAGAACAACAGUUUUGAAAGCACCUCAUGGGGAUUUGCUAUCAUGUAUGGAAAUGGCUAAGGUAGCUGAUCUGAUUGCGUUUGUGGCCUCAGCAAGCUCUUCAUGUGAAGAAAGCAGUUCUUGCUAUAUUGAUUCAUUUGGAAAUCAGUGCCUCUCUGUGUUUAGAUCUCUUGGUUUUCCAAGCACCGUUGUGUUCAUUCGUGACUUGCCUUCUGAGCUGAAAAGGAGACAUGAUUCAAAGAAGAUGUGUAUGGCUAGUCUUGCUUCAGAGUUUCCUGAGGACUGUAAGUUCUACCCUGCAGAUACAAAGGAUGAGUUGCACAAGUUUAUGUGGCUUUUCAAGGAGCAGAGGCUGAUGGCCCCUCACUGGCGGAAUCAACGACCUUACAUCAUGGCUCAAAUGGUUGAUAUGGCGGUUGAUGAUUGCAAUAUGGAGAAAUGCACCCUUUUCAUCACGGGCUACCUGCGUGCUCAUAGCCUCUCUGUGAAUCAGCUGGUUCAUAUUUCUGGUGCGGGGGAUUACCAGUUGAGUAAAAUCGAAAUUCUUAAGGACCCAUUUCCUCUAAAUCGAAGAAAAGAUCGGGACAUCAUGGACUCAGACGAAGUGCAUGAUACAGAGGCAAUUCGCUCAUUGGCUUCUGAUCCCUUAAAGCAAGAGCCUUUACUUGUCGAAAAUGUUCCUGAUCCUCUUGCUGGAGAGCAGACAUGGCCAACAGAGGCUGAAAUGGCUGAGGCUGAUAGAAAUCAAAGACAAAAAAGGUUGAGAAAGAGGGCUCUUCCUCCAGGCACUUCAGAAUACCAGGCUGCUUGGAUUGUUGAUGAUUCAGAUGAAGAAGAUUCAUAUAGCAAUGAAGCCGAUGAUGGGAUGGUAUUGGAUGAAGAAGAGGGUGAUUUUCCCAAUCAAGAUGGCGCUAAGAAUUUAAACCUUGAUGAUGAUAGAUCCUUCUUGAACUUGAAGGACUCUGAUGAAGAAACUGAUGUUGAUUCAAUGAUGAUGGAUGGCGAGAACUUGACAAGAGAACAGAUAGAGGAUGAGAUUCAAAGGAUUAAAAAUGCACAUGCCGAAGAUGAGGAAUAUCCUGAUGAAGUGGAUACACCAUUAGAUAUUCCAGCUAGAAAACGCUUUGCAAAGUAUAGAGGCCUCAAGUCCUUUAGGACUUCUUCCUGGGACCCAAAAGAAUCUCUACCUCCAGAAUAUGCGAGAAUUUUUGCAUUUGAUAAUUUUGCAAGAACGCAAAGACAUGUUCUUGCUAAUGCUUUAGAUAUGGAGCAAGGGAAGAGGGAUGACUGUGUACCAGCUAGCUCAUAUGUAAGGCUGCAUAUAAAGGACAUACCAAAUGCUGUUGCUUGCAAAUUAUGCUUGCUAGGAAAGACAGUGCCUGUUGUAGCAAGUGGUCUCUUGCAGCAUGAGUCCAAGAUGUCUGUCCUCCACUUCAGCAUAAAGAAACAUGACACAUACAGUGCUCCUAUUAAAGCCAAAGAGGAACUCGUCUUCCAUGUUGGUUUUCGCCAAUUUGUUGCCAGGCCUAUAUUUUCUACUGACAACAUUAACUCAGACAAGCACAAGAUGGAACGUUUUCUUCAUGCAGGGCGUUUUUCGUUGGCAUCUAUUUAUGCCCCAAUUUCUUUUCCUUCUCUUCCCUUAAUAGUCCUGAAGAGCGCAGAAGCUGGUUCUGCACCUUCUGUUGCUGCUGUUGGUUCUCUGAGAAGCAUUGACCCAGACAGGAUAAUACUGAAGAAGAUUAUUUUAACUGGUUACCCACAAAGAGUAUCAAAAUUAAAAGCUACUGUAAGAUAUAUGUUUCAUCACCCAGAGGAUGUUAGAUGGUUCAAGCCUGUGGAAGUGUGGACCAAAUGUGGUCGUCGUGGACGUAUUAAAGAACCUGUCGGUACACAUGGGGCUAUGAAGUGUGUUUUCAAUGGCGGCCUUCAGCAACAUGACACGGUGUGCAUGAGCUUGUAUAAGCGUGCAUAUCCCAAGUGGCCGGACCGUUGCUUCCCAAUUCUUGAUGCUUGAUCAACCGUGGCUGUGGCUCAAAAUCCUGUAUGGUUGACGGCGGAAAGCCAAGCUGGUGAUGGGAAUGAAGCUCUGGUUCAGAUUGUCAAUACUAACUUGUGUCUUUAGGCAAGCUACAUGCUGUUGAGGACAUGUCACAUGUGGGGUUCUUUUUUUUUCAUCCGACUUUCUGUGUUAUUAUUUUUUUCUUUACCUUUAACAUAUAUUUUUUGAUAUCAUAUGGUAGUAGACAACUUAAAAUUUAUAGCGAAAAGGUUGCUUCU